UAACUCCUCAAUCAUCACAUUCUCGGGAACGCUGCCAGCAGAACUUCCAGAAGAAAGAAGAGUUCUUAAAAAAAAACCACUCUCUCACACAGAAAAUGCAAUUCUUCACAAGUUUUCCUCACUGAAAAGGUUUUUCUAUCACUUUCCCUAGAAAAUAGAAGGGAAAGAGAAAAUUCAACCCUCAUGAACCGAAACCACCACAACCCGUCCGAACUCCCAGACUCCCCCCCCACCAAUACCGGUUCCGAAGGUGUUUCCGAUCAAAAUUUCCACUCGAUCAGCGACCGUUUUCUUUUCAAACGAAACCCUAACCCUAGCACUAACAGUCCACAUAAAUCAAGUAAAUCACCUCCGGAUCGGUUGCGCCGAUGGCAUCACUACACAAACAAAAGCAACAACCGCAAGGGCGGGUGGUUCUCUUGUAUUCCGUUUCGCGGCAUUUAUUUGUUCUACUUUGUGAUAUUUCUCGCUGUUUUCGCUUUCGUUUUGGCGUCUAUUUUGCUGCAGAGUUCGAUUACCGGCAUGGUUGUGUUUAGUAAAGGGUGGAUCGAUCAUCGGAGAUCGAUUAGAGAAGGUUUGAUGUCAGGUACUACAUUGAAAUUCGUGCCCGGUUUAAGAUCACGGUUGCUUUUGGAAGGUCAUGGGCUCGAUCAUGUUAGAGUGCUGGCUAAUAGAGUUGGCCUCCGCCCUCCCAGACUUGCCGUUAUCUUAGGAAACAUGAAGAAAGAUCCACAGUCAUUGAUGUUGCUUAGUGUGAUGAAGAAUCUGCGGAAACUUGGUUAUGCACUUAAGAUAUAUGCUUUGGGGGAUGGUGAAACAAGAACACUGUGGGAGGAUAUAGGAGACCAGAUAUCAGUUUUAAGAUCAAAGGAAUAUGACCUUAUUGAUUGGUCCAUUUUUGAAGGUGUUAUUGUCGAUUCUCUUGAAGCCAAAGAGGUAGUUUCGAGCCUCACACAGGAGCCAUUUCAGUCAAUACCACUUGUAUGGAUAAUCCAAGAAGAUACCCUUGCAAAUCGUCUUCCAUUGUAUCAGGAUAUGAACUUGCAGCAUUUGGUGUCUCAUUGGAGAAGUACCUUUAACAGGGCUAAUGUUGUUGUAUUUCCAGACUUUGCUUUGCCAAUGUUAUAUAGUGUGCUUGACACUGGAAACUUCUUUGUGAUUCCCGGAUCACCACUAGAUGUGUGGGCUGCUGAAAGCUACAGUAAAACCCAUGCUAAGCAUCAGCUAAGGGUGGACCAUGGAUUCAGCGAAGAUGACUUGGUGGUUCUAGUUGUCGGGAGUUCUUUCUUCUAUGAUGAGCUAUCAUGGGACUACACCGUGGCACUGCAUACCCUAGGACCUGUACUAGCUGAAUAUGCAAGGAGCAAAGAUGCUGAAGGAUCGUUUAAAUUUGUUUUCUUAUGUGGUAAUUCCACCGAUGAUGAUGCUUUCCAGGAAAUUGUUUCUCGUGUGGGACUUCAUCCUAGCUCUGUGCGGCAUUAUGGCCUGAAUGGUGAUGCCAACAGCGUGUUAUUAGUGGCAGAUAUUGUUCUUUAUGGUUCUUCCCAAGAUGAACAGGGUUUUCCUCCGGUGCUCAUCCGAGCCAUGACCUUUGGAAUCCCAAUCAUCGCACCUGAUAUUCCAACCAUGACAAAAUAUGUUAGUGAUGAAGCCCAUGGGAUAUUUUUCUCAAAAUAUAACCCUGAAGCAUUGACGAGGGCUUUCUCUCUUUUGAUAUCGAAUGGGAAACUUUCUAAAUUUGCUGAAACAGUUGCUUUCUCUGGAAGAAUGUUUGCUAAGAACAUGCUUGCAUCAGAAUGUAUAACAGGUUAUGCAAGGCUUUUGGAGAAUAUGCUUAGUUUUCCAUCAGAUACCUUGUUGCCUGUCCCUGUGUCUAAGCUUGAACAGAGGGAAUGGGAAUGGAACUUGUUUAGCAAGAAACUAGAACAGGAAACUGAUGAUUUGUCAGUCAUGUAUGAGAGCCUUUUUUCUUCCAGAGAAAACAGUAUUGUUUAUUCCCUUGAGAAAGAAUGGAGCAAUCUUGUUAAUUCAACUAUCAUCUCUGAGAAUGGAACUGAAAUUCUAGUACCAGAUACCCCGACAGAAUCAGACUGGGAUGUUUUGAUGGAAAUAGAGAGAUUUGAAGAACAUGAGAGGGUGGUAAAAGAGGAGCUUGAAGAAAGAAUGGAUAAAAGUCAUGGUCUGUGGGAUGAUAUAUAUCGUAGUGCUCGAAAAUCUGAAAAGCUCAAGUUUGAAAGCAAUGAAAGGGAUGAAGGAGAGCUAGAAAGGACAGGCCAGCCAGUAUGCAUUUAUGAGAUAUAUGAUGGAGCUGGGGCCUGGCCACUUUUGCACCAUGGAUCUUUAUACCGUGGCUUGAGUCUUUCUACAAAAGCACGGAGGUCAAGAUCAGAUGACGUGGAUGCAGUUGCCCGGCUUCCCCUCCUGAACGAAAGCUACUAUCAGAAUAUAUUAUGCGAAAUAGGAGGAAUGUUUUCUAUUGCAAUUAGGGUGGAUGCCAUUCACAAGAGACCUUGGAUUGGGUUUCAAUCAUGGCAUGCUGCUGGUAGGAAGGUUUCAUUAUCAUCUAAAGCUGAAAAAGUUCUAGAAGAAAAGACACAAGAAGAAAAUAAAGAUGUAAUGUACUUCUGGGCUCGCUUGGGCAUGGAUGGUGGAGUUACUGGAAGCAAUGAGGAACUCACUUUCUGGUCCAUGUGCGACGUCUUAAAUGGAGGACGCUGCAGAACUGCUUUUGAGGAUGCCUUCCGCCAGAUGUAUGACUUGCCAUCAUAUCUUGAAGCUCUUCCUCCAAUGCCAGAAGAUGGAGGUCACUGGUCUGCCCUGCAUAGCUGGGUCAUGCCAACCCCUUCCUUUCUGGAGUUCAUUAUGUUUUCACGAAUGUUUGUUGAUUCUCUUGAUGCUCUGCAAUCCAACUCUAGCCAAGCGAACAAGUGUUUGUUGAGUUCCACUGAGCUCGAGGAAAAGCAUUGUUAUUGUCGGAUAAUGGAAGUCCUUGUUAAUGUUUGGGCUUAUCAUAGUGCACGAAGGAUGGUUUACAUUGAUCCGCACACUGGUUCUGUAGAAGAGCAGCACCCAAUUACGCAAAGAAAGGAAAUUGCAUGGAAAAAGUAUUUUAACCUUACAGUAUUGAAGAGUAUGGACGAGGAUCUUGCAGAGGCAGCGGAUGAUGGAGAUCAUCCAAGGGAGAGGUGGCUAUGGCCACUAACAGGAGAAGUGCAUUGGCAAGGGAUUUAUGAAAGGGAGAGGGAAGAAAGAUACAGAAUAAAAAUGGACAAGAAGAGGAAAACAAGAGAGAAACUAUUUGAAAGGUUGAAGGCUGGAUACAGACAGAAACCACUUGGGGGAUAAGAAGCUUGGAGGCUGAAUAUGCUCAACUCCCAAGUCCUAAUCCGGCUGCUGAAUGUACUUUUUCUCAACCUCAGAGACUGACAGGGAUCUUGCGGAUGGGAUGAGAAAGGGUUUUUUUUUUUCCCUAACAGCUUCAACACAGAUUUUGUUCAUCUUUUCAUUUUUACCACAUACACACUUACGGAGUGAGGGGGAGAAGAAAACUAGCUUCCCUUAGAUUGCAGCUCACGGUUCGGGGCAUUUUUGCAACAAAACUCUUGACCGCUCAACUAUAUUCAGGCAUUCGAGCAGUACCACGCUUCAUUUGAAGUUCAUCUCAACCAUUCAAAUUACAUAGUCGAGGGACUAAACCACAUAUUCGUUUAUCAUUGUAUAUUCUUUUGUCAAUGUAGAGGCAAUUUUGUUGAAAAGAUA